UUUAGCCCCAUUUUAUUUGGGGCUUCUGUUACGAAUACGAAACGUAAAAUUUGAAGAGAAGAAAAGAAGCAAGCAUGACAUCUGAGGAACAGAAGAGGAGAAAGAUCGCGCAGGCACCGUCUAUGGCUAUGCGACUUGUCUCUUCUCCAGCUGCAAAGAAAACCAGGGAUAAAACAUCGACGAGCAGUUUGAUGGUUGCUGAGCCCCACACUAGCAGCUUGUAUUUGAGGAUUCAACAGGCUAGAAAUUUUGCGGUAGCACAAGCACAGCAAGAAGGCUGCAUGGGAAACUACAAAAUUUUUGAUUCACCGUAUGGGAAUUUUCUUGUUCCUGUAAUUCCAUCUCGUGAAGAACUAGCUGGUGGCUCCUCGUCCUAAGGCAGUGUACUUGUCUAGAAAUUAAGGAUCUUGGAUUUCAUAUUUGUGAUUGGACAUACAACAACAUGCUCGUGGGGCCGUAGUAAGCGAGGUAUGCUAACACUGCCCAUCUACGAUUAUGCAUAUAGCAAUGUAUACAGAAUGAUAUUAGGUUUGCCACCAAUAGCAUUGCUAUGCGUAGAAGCUAACUUGUGAUAUACAAAGACAGGAGAUAGAUGCCCAUUUUGAUGUUGAUAUUUGUCAUGAAAUAAUUAUAAAUACUUAGAUAUUGAUAGCAAAAGAAGCUGUUGAGGCCA